AUGCGUGUCCAGUACGCCGUGCUGCUCAUUGCCGCGGUCUUCCUCGCCAGCGUCGAUGCCGCCUCCGUCGCUACGCCACGUUUGGAUCGGUCCCUUGCUGCAGCCCAGCGUGACGUCACGGCGCGAAGGUUCUUGAGAAUCCAAGAGGGGGGUGAAGAGAGAGGAAUCGCCACCACCGUCGAGAAGGCCAAAUCGCUCUUUACGUCGUCGAAAAUCUCCCAGAAGACGCUCGAGCGCUGGGUCAAGAACAACAAGUCUCCGGCAAAGGUCCUCACUCGGCUACAGCUGGACGAUGCAAGACUCAUGUUGUUCCAGAACCCCAAGUUCAAGACGUGGUUCACGAACAUGACGAUGCUGAACAAGCAGAACCCUGAGGUGGCAAUGGCUACAUUCUUGACCGCUCGCUACAGCGACGACCUUCUCUCGCAGAUGAUCAUUACUGCUAAGAAGGCCCCUGGUACCAAGCAGGGGUUGGAAAAAAUAAUAUCAAUACAAUAG